AUGCAGGUCUACCUCGAGACCACUGCCUACAACAACUCCAUCGCCGACCCCAACUGCCAGGCCCUGAUCAACCAGGGUAUCUUGCUCACUGAGAUGUACGGCAUUGGCACACCUUCUCAGCCCAACUACGUCGCCCCCGCCAGUGGUGACGACUUCGGCACCAACAGCGACUCUUUCCUCUUGGUUGACAAGAACGUCUCCACCAUUGUCGACCUUCUCGAGGACAAGGGCAUCAGCUGGGGUGACUACAACGAGGGUCUCCCCUACUCUGGCUUCGAGGGCUUUGAGUACGACAACGAGGAGGAGGGUGACUAUGCUCGCAAGCACAACCUCCUCGUCCGCUUCGACUCCGUCUCACUCAACCCCGACCGCCUGGCCAAGAUCAAGAACUUGACUCUCUUCUACGAGGACCUCGAGAACGACCGCCUUCCCCAGUGGCUGUUCGUCACUCCCAACCUGUACAACAACGGCCACGACACCAACAUCUCUGUCUCUUGCAACUGGACCCGCAGCUUCGUCGAGCCCCUCCUCCAGGACCCCAAGUUCAACGAUGGCCGCACCCUCGUCUACAUUACCUGGCAGGCCAACGGCCAGUACCCUCUCGAGCGCAACCACGUCGCCGGUAUCCUCCUCGGCUCUGCCGUUCCCAAGGAGCUUGUCGGCACCAAGGACAACGCCUUCUACAACCACUACUCCGAGCUUUCUUCCGUCCAGGCCAACUGGGAUCUCCACACCCUCGGCCGUUGGGACGUCGGUGCCAACGUCUGGAACUUCGUUGGCUCCAAGACUGGGGACAAGAUCCGCGAGUGGAGCAGCAAGAUCGCCGGCGACAUCUUCGAGAACUACUACUGGAACCAGAGCUACGGCGGUGUCUUCAGCAGUGACUCCAACACCUCCCACUUGUACGUCGCUCCCAACCUGGACAUCUUCGGUGGUGGCUACCGUUCCAUCCUCCCUGCCAUUGCCAAGCUCUGGUACGGCUCUCGCCUUCCCGACUACUACAAGAACAUCAUCGAGCUCCCUGAUGCCCUCCAUCCCCCUAAGGGCUACGAGGUCACCAUUGGACUCACUCCCCCUGAGCCCAUUGAGACCCCUAUUCGCGUCUACCCUGCUUAA